CCUAAACUGAAAUCUGAUUGGUUGCCCGUGUGUUGGGUGUUGCAUCUGUUCAUUGGGAAGCUGGUUUCCGUUUGGACGCUUGGAAAAUGUUGGUGCUGGUAUUGGGAGACCUUCACAUUCCUCACCGCUGUAAUACAUUGCCAGCCAAGUUCAAGAAACUGUUGGUACCUGGUAAGAUCCAGCACAUUUUGUGCACAGGCAAUCUUUGCACCAAAGAGAGCUAUGAUUAUCUUAAAACACUGGCUGGAGAUGUCCACAUUGUCAGAGGAGACUUUGAUGAGAAUUUGAAUUAUCCAGAGCAGAAAGUGGUAACGGUGGGACAAUUCAAAAUUGGAUUGAUCCAUGGUCAUCAGGUGAUUCCAUGGGGUGAUAUGACCAGUCUGGCUCUACUGCAACGACAGCUAGAUGUAGAUAUCCUAAUAUCUGGGCACACGCACAAGUUUGAGGCCUUUGAGCAAGAGAGCAAAUUUUAUAUCAAUCCAGGUUCAGCCACAGGUGCUGGUAAUGCACUGGAAGGAAAUAUCAUCCCUUCAUUCGUACUAAUGGACAUUCAGGCAUCCACAGUAGUCACUUAUGUUUAUCAGCUGAUUUCUGAUGAUGUAAAAGUAGAACGGAUUGAAUACAAAAAGUCCUAAAUAUUUUGUCAGCUGCUUUUUUUUUAUAAUUUCAUUCCUUUUUUCCUUUACAAUUUUAUUUCCCUUUUCAAUCUUGAUCAAGUUAAUUGUAUUAUGUAUGUGAAUUGUAAGUUUAAUUUCCACUAAAACUAGUUGUUAACUAUUCCAGCAAUAUGAAAGGAACUUUAUUGAACAGACUAAUAUAAGGGUAGUUUAGAUCCUUGCUGAAAAAGGUGCCACAUUCUUAAAUUACUGAGGGUUUUCAAGCCUGUAAAUAUUUCCUUUCGGUAAUGGUGUAGUUUAUCAUGUUACUAAUGUGCAUGAAAUUCUUAGCCAUUGUUUUUUGUUUCUGGUUUCUGAAGCCCUACUGGUCCAUGUAAAAUGCUUGUCUACCAUCCCAUAAACACAAAUAAAUGUUAUCAAGC